AUGUUCAAGAAAUUCACGCCCUCUACCGACAUUUCGGGCCAGACACCUCCAAAGUCGUCAGUGCAGCGGUCCCUGAGAAAUGCCCUGCUGUCGCAAUGGAAGAUUACACCUGAGACUCUGGAGCAGAUUUGGCCAAAGAAGGAGUCGCUCAUCCAUGUCAAAUGUCGAGACCACCUAUCGAUGUACACCGUUCAGGGAUCACCCCUGUUCUUCCAGCACUUCGAUGGGCCCAUGUACCCCACCCUCAGACUCCUGCAAAGAUAUCCCUCUAUCCUACCCAAGGUAGGCAUUGAUCGCGGCGCCAUUCGCUUCCUGCUCGGCGGCGCGAACAUGAUGUGCCCCGGACUCAACUCUCCGGGAGGCUAUCUGCCCCCAGCCGAAGAGGCGCUGCCGGCCGAGAGCAUGGUCGCGAUCUUCGCCGAGGGCAAGGAGCAUCCUAUCGCUGUGGGAAUCACGAAGCUCGAAAGCGAGGAAUUACGGCGUUCGAAGAAGGGUGUCGGGGUCGAGAUUGCGACGUAUCUGGGGGACGAUCUCUGGCCUCUGAAAAGUUUGUAGGCUAUGAGAACGCCGUGGACGUCGCGCGCAGCCAACAGCCCUUGAGCUAGCUCAUGCCUUGUGGAAAUAUACAUGUUACGCCGUCAUGAUGGGUACAUAUUGUGCCAGGCCUCGAGGCGUGUUUGAUAUGGCCUUGUGUAUUUUGGGGUUAGUGUUCUAUCGCUUUCUGAUAUAUGCACGGUUGUAAACCGAGUCAAGACAUGUUGGGGGUUUGAAUGUUUGAUGAUU